ACUACGGAACACAUCCCAGCACAGCCAUAUGCCGCCUACAUACACACAAAUAGGUCAGUUUUACCUAAUAAUGCCUGUUUAAAACCAUCCUAUCUCUUGCAUCCGAGGACAUCCGUGGAGAGGAGUCAUUUUCAGAGGGCAUCAUAUUAAGGGACACACGUGUUGAUAUCAUGCCAAGCAAGAAAGUGUUACAAACAGAACAAGUUGGCAAUACCGAUGAAGCUCCUAAAGUCGUUUCAGUUCGCUCCAGGAAGAGGAAAGCAGACGUGGCCAUUCAUUUGCAAGAUCCAGACGAGGAGGUCUCAGAGAUGACCAGAAAGAAACCAUGUGCAUCUCAGGCCUGCUGGAAUCCUGACACAGGUUACACAAGUCCAUGCAGGCGGAUCCCCACACCUGAUGAAGUAGAGGAACCGGUUGCUGUUGGCAGCAUGGGAUUCACACAGUACACCUCAGAAAACAUUUUCAUAACCCCCACACGCUCUACCCCUCUGCCUGCCCUCUGCUGGGCGAGCAAAGAUGACGUGUGGAACAACCUGCUAAGAAAAGAGAAACUUUACCUGAGAGAUACACAUGUUAUGAAGAGACAUCCAAAUCUUCAACCCAAAAUGAGAGCUGUUCUACUGGAUUGGCUAAUGGAGGUUUGUGAGGUGUAUAAGUUACACAGAGAAACAUUUUACUUGGGUCAGGAUUACUUAGAUCGUUUCAUGGCCACACAAGAGAAUGUUCUUAAAACGACACUACAGCUUAUUGGCAUCACCUGUCUCUUCAUUGCAGCCAAAAUGGAGGAAAUUUACCCUCCCAAGGUGCAUCAAUUUGCUUAUGUCAGUGAUGGAGCCUGCACAGAGGAUGACAUUCUUAGCAUGGAGAUCAUCAUCAUGAAGGAGUUGAAUUGGAAUUUGAGCCCUUUAACCUCAGUGGCUUGGCUCAACAUCUACAUGCAGAUGGCCUAUCUGAAGGAGAAUUCUGAAGUUCUUGUGGCCCAGUACCCACAGGCUACGUUUGUACAGAUUGCAGAGCUCUUGGAUCUGUGUAUACUAGAUGUAAAAAGUCUAGAGUUCUCCUACAGCCUUCUUGCAGCUUCUGCACUCUUUCACUUCUCUUCUCUGGAACUAGUGAUAAAAGUGUCAGGGCUAAAAUGGUGCGAUUUGGAGGAAUGUGUAAGCUGGAUGGUUCCUUUUGCCAUGUCAAUCCGUGAGGCGGGUAGCUCAACCCUCAAGACAUUCAAAGGAAUUGCAGCAGAUGACAUGCACAAUAUCCAGACUCAUGUGCCUUAUUUGGAAUGGCUGGGAAGGGUGCACUCCUAUCAUCUAGUGGACAUUGAGAGCAGUCAGAGAUCUCCAGUUCCAUCUGGUGUGCUCACUCCACCACCCAGCAGUGAGAAGCCUGAGAGUACAGUCUCCUGACUUCCAUUCAUAUAUGGAAUAGGACACAGCCUUGACUGAUUAAUUAAAUUGAAACGCAACAAAAUUAUGGCAUUACAAGACAAACCUAAGCAUUGAUUCACAGACACAAAACCAAAAAUGUCAUGUUUAUUUUCAUGUGGGACUUGAAAGACAUACAUUUGUAUUAAUGGCCCAAAGUUGUUUUAAUUUGUGUGUAUAGAAUUAGUUUACAAAUGUAGACUACCUGCCAAAAUCUCAGAGCUGCUACUGGCUCUGAUUGCUGCUAAAAGAGGGUGGGACUGGAGCAGAUGGAACGAUGACCACAGAGAUCCCCACACAAAUAUGUGCAUGGGUUUUUGGGGCUCAGGUUGCCAUUUGGACCAGCAAAAUCCUGACAGGUUGUCAUGGGUACUCAAGGAUCCAUUUCCAGGAAGGACCAGCUUCAGAAGCUAGGACUUUUCUCUGGUUGCCUCCCUGAGUGUGUUUUUAACCAAAUUUGAUUAUUGCCCUUUUUAAAGGUUGUUUUUAAAUGAGAUGCUGCUACAUUUCUUUUAUACCAUAUAUCUAAAUAAAGCCACUG